UUAUAAGUAGUUCCAAGAACUCAUUAACUUAAUUAUACAAUAAGAUCUCUUCUUGAUUGAUUUUGCACACAUUCAACAACCAAGUGAAGUGGAUACAAUAUAAUAAUGAUCAAUAAUAGUUUAGUAACCGUGCAUUGGUGGGAGUGUUUCACCCUUAACCAGAGGUCUUGGGUUCGAGCCCUGGGUAUGGAGAAAAUCUUGUUGGGAGCGCCACCCCCGAAUGGGCCCUGUAGUGCGCGAUCCGGAUUUAGUCGGGGCUCCAAUGUGGGCUCCGGACACCGGGUGGGAAACCAAAAAAAUAAAAAUAAUAGUUCAGUAACCAGUGCAUAGAAUCAUAUAUAACAUGAUUAUUGUAUCUGUUUCCUCAUCUUUGAAGACAAGCAUUGACAGAUAUGAUCAUAUGGACUGAAGACAAAAAAGUAAUGCCAUUUGUCUUGUUUGGUGAAUAAAUUGCUUCAAAAUACACUAAACAUGAUUGCAAAAUUAGAAACUUGCAUUUUACUCAAUAAAAAGUGAACUACUUCUACCACAACAACUCAUCAGUAAAAACCUGUUUUACAUACCUUCAUGUGAAUUCAUUCCACUUUCAAGAUCAACACACAGAGCAUGGCGUGUUUUGAACGUGCAUCGCCAGCAUUGAAGGAGAUUCUGCUCAGAUUAUACCGAGAUGAAAGGGCUAUUGAUGCCGACCAUCACCUUCAUGAAUUUGGGUCCGUUGAAUAUUACAUUCAGUCAUUGGUGUCAGAUCCUGAUCAUACCUACUUAUCAAUAUCAACCCCAAUUCUGUCUCAAGCAUUCCUGGUCUCAACUCGACUGUCACGCUACACUAUACAGAAGGUAAAGGCUAUCAGUGCUGAAGUUGUGGAGAUCGUUGAGCCUCCAAAAGAAGGGUAUCAGCUGACUAUACGACUCAAUUUUGCUAGAAUGCCGCAUGGUAAAGAGUCUAUAAAAAUGAUCACAGACAUUGCUGCUGUGCAAGGUGUAAUUCUGAGUUCUCAGCUGGAAGAAAUGCUGAUGAAUGUGAAUUCACAAGAUGUGGCUCAAGGGAUGUACAAACCAAUUAAACUUGUUUAUCACCCAAGAGAGCCGUUUUAUGUCAUAAAACAGCCCCAGAAAAUCACGGCAGUAUUCCCAAUGCGUUUUAAGGAGAAAACAGAUGUGAUUAUAGCAACAACUUUCUUCCAGGAACUCAUGGAUGUUGCAAAUACAAAAGCAUGUGCCAAGGCACCCCAUUGCAUCUGGUCCCCUAUUCCACCUCCUGAGCUAAGAGGAGAAGCAAUUGAAGACUUAAGCACAAACGGAGGAUUUGUCUCUUUUGAUAUCUCGUCCCGCCACAUUGAAGGCAAAAGGCUAGACAAGACUGUGUGGAACCUUCUGAACUUUUACGCAUUUGUGAAAAAUCAUGUAAAGAGCACUCGAGGAUUCAUACAAAGAAGGAUGAGAACAUGUCUGAAGAGCCUGGUUGAGGUCUUACAGAAAACAGGACCUCAAGAUGAGCAACAGAUUAAAGAGGUGAAAGGAUACAAGCGCAUGAAAAAGUUGGUAAAGUUCACAAAAUUCAAAAUAAUCAGAUAUAGAAGUGAUUUCACCAGUAAACUUAAGAGGAUUCGUUCGAGAUUAAAAAUCCACGGGUUCAACCGUUUUCGUCGAAAAUGGUUGACAUUCCCCAUCUUCUCCUCCAAGACAAAAUACAGAAAGCUGGAAAAAGAUAUUUCUCUACAACACAAUUAAUAGAUUUUGCUUAUGGUCAGAGUUUUCCUGAAAAGGGACAAACAUAUCCUUUAAUCAGGAUAGUUGUUACAAUCUAGCAUGUAAAACACCUUUGUAUUUGUCACUUUAUCAAAUGUUGGCAAUACAUAUAGAUACCCGUGUACUAUGUACAUUGUAAAAUUAUUAAGCACAAUAAACGAGUUGUU